AUGUACAACCCACUCACAGCUCUCGUGCGCUCGUCCGAUGCAGAGGCGCUGUACACCCUAGAGUCACAUCAAAAACCUAAGAGAUCUUCGAAGGACAAACGCAGACCGAGCUUCUCCCGAAUGUCCCACAUUAAUCCCCGGCGAUGCGUUUCGUUAACCGUUGUCUUCUUUACAUCGCUUCUGGUAUUCCUCUGCGUCGCUUCGACGUCCCUCAAACAAGUCUCGAAGGUCAUCGUGUGGGACAAGCAGCGGACACGCCCCGCAAGCCCGCCGCGGCAAAUCAUUGAAUCAACGCCGGAGUACAUGCAGAUGGAUAACGUCUUGGCUGGCCCUCCAACCGCAUAUUUCAGAGACGCCCUGAGGAAUGACUCCAAAUAUCUGACAUCUUGGUACGGUGCCGGCUUCAACAACGAUGUUAUGACAAUUGCGAAUAUGAUUUAUCUGGCAAUGCUCACAGAUCGGGUACCGAUACUCCCCCCACUGACCUCAUACAUAUCAGGGAGCGCGCCGCCCCUUCCCUUCUCUCAGCUCUUCAAUGUCUCGUACCUGAUGCAGAAGCUGCAACUGCCGGUCCUCGAGUGGCAUCAGAUCAAGGACUGGAGUCUCUCUCAUGCCCUUGGCCAGCCUGACUCGCUCGGCUGCUGGAACGUAUGGGAAGUGGCGAACGUUUGGUCAGAUUCUCCGCGAGGGAGCUACACGCCGACGCUUCUGAAUCUUGACAUCUCGUACACCCGUGCGCCGUCCUGGGUCAAGCUCAUCCCAGGCUAUGAGCACGACUCUCAUUCGCCGUUCUGGGCACUCGCACGUUUGGCGUUCCCUCAGACGCGCACUGCGACUCUUGCCGACCCGGAGGAGCAUCCGACGCGCCCGUCUGAGCGGUGGGGGGCAGUCCUACCGCCAGAUGAGCAGCUGCUAUGUUUCGACUACCUGUACUACGCGUGCGGGAUGAUGCCUUCCGAGUUUGACUGGGACUACAGUCCAUCUUGGAGAUUCGUUCUAAAGCACUUCAAGUGGACGGAGAACCUCCAGACGCUUUCUCGGGAGUACCUCAGAAGAACGCUGAAUGUGACCGAAGGCGAGCUUAUCCCUCCUUAUAUCACAUUGCACGCACGCCGAGGCGAUUUCAUCGGUAUGUGUGGCAGCACGCCUCGCGAUGACUGCUUCCCGCCCCUGUCGGCCUUUGCGCGGCGUGUGGCAGAGGUUCAGGAGGAGCUGCGCGAGAAGCACGGUAUCGAGGCUAGGCAUGUUAUCAUGACGAGUGAUGAGCAGGACGCGGCGUGGUGGGAGGGUGUAGCUGCGCAAGGCUGGCUAAGGGUCGAUCACGACGGCGCCAGGACUGCGGAGGUGUAUGGAAACUGGUAUCCGGUCAUUGUGGAUGCGGUUAUUCAGUCUGGCGGCAUGGGUUUCGUGGGCACGGACUCCUCGACGUUCACCACCAUGGCAAGGCGGCGCGUCGAAGACUGGAACAAUGGUGCUGUCCGCACUGUGAAGUGGGGACGCCCGAAUGCAGAUGCGCAUUAA